ACAGUUACGUUACUUCAACAUGCCAGAGCCUUCACGCUCGGCUCCCGCCCCCAAAAAGGGCUCUAAAAAAGCCAUCACGAAGGCACAGAAAAAGGACGGCAAGAAGCGCAAGCGCGGCCGCAAAGAGAGCUACUCCAUCUACGUGUACAAGGUGCUGAAGCAGGUGCACCCGGACACCGGCAUCUCGUCCAAGGCCAUGGGCAUCAUGAACUCGUUCGUCAACGACAUCUUCGAGCGCAUCGCCAGCGAGGCGUCCCGCCUGGCGCACUACAACAAGCGCUCCACCAUCACGUCGCGCGAGGUGCAGACGGCCGUGCGCCUGCUGCUGCCGGGCGAGCUGGCCAAGCACGCCGUGUCCGAGGGCACCAAGGCCGUCACCAAGUACACCAGCUCCAAGUGAGCGCGCCGCGGCUCCCCGUGCACCCAAAGGCUCUUUUCAGAGCCACCUCCAUGCUUGAAAAAGGAGCGUGUUACCCUUUUUUGUCGGAGUUGGGGCG